AUGGGAUCAGCAGAAGUUCUAUAUGAGUACUGGGGAAGGUUCAAGCAGAUGCUGGCCAAAUGCCCACAACACCAAAUACCGGAUCAUGAUCUUAUUAGGUAUUUCGUGGGAGGACUCCGGAGGCAAGAUAGGCAAUGGUUACACGCUGCAUGUGGAGGAUCGAUCUUAAAUAAAUCCGCAGCGGAGGAUUUCAAGCUCAUAGCCGACAUGGCAGAGGAAUCGAGAGAUGAGGAAGGAACUAUAGUCAGGAACCCUCUGACGCCAGCCACCUCUGCCCAAGACGAAAAGUUGGAUAAGCUGUGCAACAUGUUCGAGAAGUUUAUGACGAACCAAGGAGCAUCCAAUCAGGGAAUACCCAACAUUCGGAAGCCUGUGAAGGCAUGCCAACUCUGCAUGGAAACUUUACAUGCAACCGAUGAAUGUCCACAACUUUUCAAAGAUGAAGAGCUUAAUGCCAUUGGACAACAGCCAGGAGGAAACAAUGGAGGGCAGAACCAGAAACCUUUUGAGCCCUACAGACAGCAGUAUAACAAUCAAGGAUGGAGGCAACAUGAGAACCUUAGGUACGGCAACAACCACUAUUUGGGGCCAAACCAAGGGCAAACGAGUAACCCACCACAAUACUCGCAACAACCUCAACAAGCAAGAGGGUCUUCCUUAUCAGAGCUAGUGCAUCAAAUGGCUCAGCAACAAGUGAAGUUCCAGAGUGAGACCGAAAAAUUCAUAAUGGAGACAAGAGGAGGAAUGCAGAAUGUGAACUCCCAACUAUCACAUCUUGCCCAAGCAGUUGCCAGACUUGAAAGCAAACAAGGGGCACUCCCGUCCCAAGUGGAGGUGAAGAAGGUGAAUGCCCAGAUGUGCGAAAUUUCUCAAAGAACUCUACACUAG